UGAUGACUUGCGCUUACUAGGAAUUCCUCGUGGUUAAGCGAUAUUUACAAUGCUCUAUCCCCCAGCGCUUCGUCUGACGACUUUCUCCAAAGAGAGCAUCGACAUCAAACAAAUUUAGCGGGAUGCUUUUCCAUGAUAAGGGCAUACAACACAAAAAAACACUUUUGAACGGGUUGGAUUCUGUAACACUCUUGGUCAUUAGUGUCUGCAUGCUGUUCCUUUACACAUUUUUCUUCAAUUCUAGGCUUUGAAAUCACAUUUCAUAUCGCGCAUUUGCUGCACGAACGAAUCUACACGAUAAUCGAAAUUGGGCAAGUAGCCUUUUCCACACUCGAUCGAGAGACAACCGUUAAAGACGAUGCGGAUCCAAACAGAGAUCGAUCUUGAACGCGCUGCAACUGCAAAGAUGAGCGCGCAUACCCAAUCUACUGAUGAAUCGGUAUGCAGUCAUCCUCAGGGAUUAUCCCGUGCAAGAAAAUUUUGCGAUUUGGCCCUUUUUUACAAAUCGCUCAACUCUUACAACGCUCUUAAACGUGAAUGACGCAUUUUGGCGGCUGUGUCGGCCGCGUGUCGACAAAACGUCUACAAUAAAUCCUAAAUCUGUACGAGGCAAUUUUCGGCAUGCCAAGUGCUCAUCACAUAUGAGUGCUCAAUCCUUUUUGAAAAAUAGGACAAAGAUGCAUUAAUUUGUUGUAAUUAAAAAAACCCCAUUCCUUUGCAGAGGUUCAAAUUCACCAUACGCAG